AAGAAUACAUACGACUUUGUGACUAAUCAUGGGGUCUGUCGUGUACGUAACCGUUCAGAUAUGCUCCUUGGUUUAUAUAUAACGGAAAUGCAUUUCGAUUCCAGUUCAUGAGAUUUUUUCUCGUGAUUUUCAGGGGUCAGUUAAGUUUGCCUGUUUUCGGGGAACUGUCUUGAUACGAAAUUCUUUAUUUCUGUUUUGACUUAUAUAGCUUUAAUUUGACGGUGAACCCACCCCCAGAGGGUAUAACACUCCGUACAUAAGCUAUUUCAUAGUCGCCUCAAAGUGUGCUACGGUAUCGCCAUUUUAGCUGUUUUGGACCGUUUUGGAAAAAAGAUUUUGUCAGUCUGGUCUAAAAUUGUUUACGGGAGCUGAUACGAAUUUAUUUACACAAACCAGAAGUUGAUGCAUACGUAAUGCUAUUGUAGACUACCCCAUACAAGUACACUGUAUUUACCUGUUUCAUCAGCUUUUAGGCGAGAAAAUUGAAGUAACUAAAAAUGAAAUUGACACGAUGAAGGGCAGUUACCAGCACAUUAAACAAUUCAAUUUUAAUAUCUGCAAACAAUUACGGAAAAUUACUUAUUUUGGUCUGAAAAAACUGAUUCUAGAGUCAGCAUUUGGCUGGAGAGUUUGCUGGCUUAUCCCCUUCAAAAAAAAUCCAUGGAGUAUCCCCGGGGAGGGGGGAGGGGGGGAGAGGGGCGCUAUAGUCAGCUGCUCAGUGCUGAAACGUAAAACGGAUCAGUGCGCUGUGGUCAAAAAAAAUGCAUACAUCAGCCAUCAUAGCUUAUCAAUUCGUUUAUUUAGAUUUAAAAUUAUUCAAAUUUUUAACAGGCUGCCAAUCUUGAAUCCCAAGUCUCGAUAGGCGACAUACUUUCAAGUAAACGUCUGCGGGAGUUAUGAAUAUUACUCUUACGGAUUACUACGGUACGCCGGCAACAAUUAAACUGCCCGCAUUGCUCAGCGCUGAAAGACCUUGAAACCCAACUGUGACGCGAAGCAGAUCACUUGUCGUUAAAAAAGUGUUUACGUAAGCAUCGACCGUAUUUGCCUGUUUAAAUGAACAAGAACAUAGUCUCUUGAUUUGAAAUAGCAUUUGCUUCACUGCCAAUUAUACUAAGUUUUGUGAAUUGCUGAGGUCCAGUAAUAGUUGUGAAUGUCGAGACAACCAGCGAAAUAGCUGCUGAUUGUUCCUGAGUAAAAUUCUCCCAAUAAUAUAAUUUACGUGUGCGGUUUUUCCUGUUUACAUUUCACCCAUUUUGCAGUUCUUAAUUAAUUUGAAAUCCGGCCGGCCAAAGAAGUUCAGAUCACAGUUUCAAGUCGAUAAGAAGAUAUUAUUUCAUGCUGUUUGCAAAACUGAGCUGAUCGUGCUACAUCUGAGUGAGUCGUUUUCAGAAAAUUGUUUGCCGUCUUCCUAGUGUAAUUUAUUCUGUUUUACUUGCUUUGGUUAAAAUAUUUUGUCUAAACACAAACGCCUAUAUCAUUUUAAAAAGUCCAUCACUCCCAAUCACGUGGUUGAAACAGCACGCAUUUGACAAGAAAUUUACGCACGUUGUUUAAUCUUAUUACUGUUCAGAAUCCGAGAAAAAAAUAUAUAUUUAAUCCUAAUCGUACCCGUAACUUAAUGAUGAACCAAACGCAGCGGGCAAGAAUCAUCAGUUAAACAAAAACAACAUUCAGGGAUAAUUUCCGUUUAGACGGUCACUGAACUACAUACCAAGACGAUUUCCGGUCACCAAACAAACUUAGCAGGUGCAAACGGUCCAAACGGAUAUUGCUGUUUACAUUUCCAAUCGAUAAUAUUCGUUUAAACGUGGACAUACAGUGUAAUUGUUACUUAUUAUUGUGCAGAUUACUACGAGUUCGUGUCGAUCGUAGAAACCAUGAAGGCAACUGUCAAGUAAGGUCAGGAUUUACUGUCUGUUGAUCUGAAUUAUGCUUACGUCAUGGCACUUCCGCAUCGUUACUCAUACUACAAAGACUGGUGGCUUUUGUCUGAGAGAUUUUUGUUAGAAACCUCAGGGAACCUUAAUGCCGCAAUUACAAGUUUAAGAAACGUAAUGAACUGGGAAAGAAAUGACGCUUUUAGUUUAACUAAUGUUCCUACAGUAACCGUUGCCCGCUUUUAACGUAUAACAAACAAUAUACAGCCUGUUAAAAAUGCAAUUUUCAGUGGCAUGAUCAGGAAACCAGAAAGAUUAUUUUUGAGCGCUCCCUCAAGAGGUUCGCUGUUCCCGUUUACGCGUGGCAGUCAACACGAGUGUGAAUCAGUGUUCGCCACGCCGAUUACUCCCCGCUGAAUUUCAAGGUUGGUUUGCUCUCCCCUGACUCAAGUUUUUUUUCUGUCUUAUUAUUCGAUUGUUUUCGUGCCGGUGUAGGCUACUUAAAAUGCUCCUAAUAUGUGUUCAUCAUUCUAUAGUUCUUAACUUAGAAUCCGGCCAAAGAAGUAGGGGUGGUGAAUGGUAACAGAUGGUAAAUGCGAGACUUUGCGAGGAGGCGAGACUAGCGACCGAGUCUUCAAAGUGUCUUUCAAAUGCGGGAGCGAGACGUUCGGACUUAAACUCGUUCAGAGUUCUGAUACGUUACCAUAUCGCUGGAAACAUACACGUGAUCAUGCUGCACAGAGGCCUUCUGGUGGUAUUAAUCUGUUUAUCAGUGACAAUUACAAAUGUCGCUGCCUCGUGUGAUGCUGAGAGCAUCACGAUCAAGGAUCCAGUGAGUGGAUCAAUCCAAUGCCAGGAAUGUCGAAAAUGCCCUGCCGGUGAAGGGCUCUCCGUGAGCUGUGGAGACGUGAUAUCAUCGAGCACCCCCAUCGUUUGCAAACCAUGCGUGCUUGGCGAGUCAUACUCUUCAGCAUACGAGGCUGGGGCCUGUAAAGAUUGCGAGAACUGCGGCCCGUAUCGCGAGACCAUUAAAGCCUGCACAUUGACUUCCAAAGCCGUGUGUGAUAAGUGUAAGGUUGGCGCUUACGAAGAACCCAUGCUGAGCAUGUGCAAGCCGUGUUCCCCUUGCUGUAAUGACGGGAAUGAUAUAGUUGUGCCAGAGUGCCAGGUGCCUGGAGUACCAAAAAACAUACAGUGCACGUUUAUGAAAUCAGAGAAGUGCGGCAAACUGAUCACCAAGGCGGACAUCAGCACAACAGCUCUAGCUUUGCAGACAACCUGGCCUUCAACAGUACCAAUUACCCACAACGAUACAGAAGCACCCACCCAAGCAGGCGUGAAAACACCUAGUAAACAACGCGAUUACCCGUCUGAAAGUUCGACCAGUGGUGCAACUAAUGGUCCAGCUAAAGGUUCCUCGAUAAAUUGGGCAGUUGGAGUGGCUGCUGUCGGCGCAUUGUUAAUCCUGGUGGCAGUACCCGCAGCUGUUAAAUAUUUUAAAGCCAAGCGCAAGCAAGUCCGUACGAAUGACGAUAUUGAGUUGCAACGAGUUCAGACGGACGACGAAGUUAACGGUAGAGAUGAGGAUGAAACAGAUGAAGAUAACCCAGAGGACGCCCUCUUGGAAAGCAACCAGGUACUGCCUUUACACGGCGCCGAGAAAGCGCGCGACAGUCACCUGUUAACAGGAACUCACGAUGAUACCAAGACGCAGCAAGUUCGGGGUGAAAUUGAUGAACCAAACCCAGAGGAGGCCCAGGUACCCUUCAGCGUCCAGGAAACUCCCAGCGACAGUCCCCUGCUGAAAGGGACUCAAGAUGAUACAGAGACUCAACAAGUAAAGACAAACGAUGGAGGUGAGACAGAUGUACCUAACCCAGUGGACGACCUAUUGGAAGACACCCAAGAAUCCACAGGUGUUGAGGAAACUCUCGACAGUCCCCUGCCUACAGGGUUUGAAGAGACGCAGGAACCAGGUCCCCACCGUGGCACAGGUUUCAACACCAUUCAGGAGCCCCGCCCUGGACCGUCAUGUGAACACCACAGUUACACCAAGAUCCAAAAGACCCGUACUGUGGAGGAAGUUACUGAAACUUGCGUCACCUGUACUACCCCUAAUUGUCAACAAGGUUGUAGGUGUCAGCUGUAGGAAGACUCAAAACGGCUGGAUAGUGUUGAUAGGGAUUAUCUUGUGACCGAGGAACAAUCUAUGUUGCUACAAAUAAGUAUUUUUUGUAAUUCCUAAAAUUGCCUUGAAAUCGAAACAUAACUUGAAAUAACAGUAAGCCAAGGUAACAAAACACCAAAAAGGUAGCAAUGAACUGAUAAGAAACAAGAAUGCCAAAGAAUGAAGAGUUUUCAACAUGUGCAUUGUAUCACGUAAUUCCAUUUAAAAAUUUCUUUCAUACGAAUUUGGCGACGACUCUUAGAGAGCUAAUAUGAUCACGACUUUCUUAGAACGAAUAUCAUUAUCGUCCUUGCUUAUACUUAUUGACCUCCACUUGGUCAUCACAGGUUUUUUUGUAAUAACAUGGGUACCUGAUUUUGGUUGAAGUGUAACAUAUACAAUAGUCCAUUUAGGGGGUUUCAGGUGUUGAAAUGAGUAAGGGUCCGAGGCAAUCGGCCAGAGAACCUACUUGGGCAAAUCCCUUAUCCGAACUACAGGCUACAGUUUGACAGUCCCUUGCUGAGUAAUCAAACCUUUGAGCAGAAGCGAGGCCAGAGUUGACUUUACUAUGAUACAAUCCUUACCACUUUUCAAAUCUAAAUUAUCCUGCUUUUAUGAUUAUGCUAAUCAAUUUCUUUUCUCCAUCAUUAAGAGGUCAACCCAACCCUCACUUUCAUACAGAGGCUCGGUUACAUCAGAGAUUUCACUGAACUGUAGAAUGGUCUGUUAAGGGAAAAAUCUGUAUGCUGUGUGUUUUAAAAGGUCAGCUAAUUUUAGAAUCCGCCAUGCAUGCAGCUACUAGAUGUGUUUUGCAGUUGACAGUACUGUUGUUGUAUUAUCAUAAUUUGUUGAUGGGGCCUUCUAAAUAUGGAUAGGCUCAAACAUCAAAAAUUGCAACAAUUCGAACAUACCACGUAGGGUACGUAUGUAACUCUUCCUCCAACGUUGGAUAAAUUAUUUCAUAUUUAUGUAGUGUGGUUUUAAUAUGAGGUAAUUUAACAGAUUUUUUUUUUAUUUUUAUCCUGGAGGAUGGCAGGAAAAUUUAUUACAACGGCUAGAUAUCGAAGGCCAAAAUUGAGUCGGUAAAAACAGUUUCGUCGCACUUGCUUUAAAUAGCCAAGCGUAGUCAGGAUUAAUUGAAUUAGUUAAAAAGGAAAUACUGUGAAGUCAAAGAGAAAUGUAGAUGGUCAGAACCAGAAGUAAUUGUGAAGAGUGGCAUAAACCUAGACCCAUAGUGCAAUAUAAAGCUUCGUAAGAGUCUUUAGCGCUGCAAAUGAGACACCCGCAGUUUAUUUUUAUACAAUAUUUAUAAAAACUCUGGGGUGUAUGUUUAUAAACUGAUUUCACGAUUAGUAGUUGUUCCAAUGGUACUUUGUGGAUGUCGAUAAUAGGUCAAAGAAAAGCUCUCUUAAAUUUCGUGCGAUGUGGUUGUAAAAUAUUUCAGAAGGUAUCAAAUUAAUUAAGUGUAAAACGGACUUUGAGAAAGUCUGCUAAGGUAAUUUUGUUGUGAUAGUAUUUUACGCUGUUUCGUUCAAAACGUUGUAAAGACCAAUGUUGUAAUCUUUUGCAGUAAGUCAAAUUUUUUAAUCACAUUUUUGCUAUUGCUACUAAAUUUAUAUAUCUUUUGCAAGUGUUUUGAUGAUUAAAGUUGUGUUAAAAUAAAUUGAA